GGUCAAAUCUUAUGUUGAAUUUUUUUGUCUAUCAACGCACAGAAAGGCAUGUUUAUUAAGUUUUGUAUAAUGAUGAAACGUAAAGUGAUUAAGAAUUCCGAGGAAAUCGGGUCGAUCGUAAACGAUUAAGACGUGAGCUUGGACACAGCGAGUAUUCGGCCAGCCAUUUCAUAAGACCUUCGGAUACGUUUAUUCUCGUUAGUGUCGGGUUAACAAACUGGUGCGACAUCAAUUCGACAUUUCCGUUUCCAUUAAGUCGCUAAAUAUCAUCGACGAGCCCGUAUGAUAUCUCAGGACAAACGUUUCGUUAAUCGACACGAAACAAAACCGAACGUUGUUAACUCGCUUCUACUGGCACGAGAGCGCAUUCCGAUCUUCUGAGUGUUAUAUGCGCAAUUUUCGUUCGUCUAGCCUUAUUACGUUUUCAUCGCAGAAACGUUUUGAAAAGCGGGUUACACGUUCUUCGUUUUUUGGCCCAUCCGACAACAACCGGCAGAAACUGUGAAAAUAAGCCUGCGCUCAUGUUUCGUGAAUUCAUCGCUUUGUGACGUUGUUUAUUGUAUGUGUUGUUUUUAUCGAAUCUAUAUUAGUAACAGUUCCUAACGUGUUCUAUUUGUGUAUAGUAGCAGUCUUGUUUGAUUCGUUAAAUUUUGCAAUUUUCACCGUUUGGAGAAAACUAUUUUGUUCGUGUAAAUGGGAAAAUAUAAUUUCCUGUUUUGCAUUUGUAACGAAUGCACGAGAGGCACACGAUGGUUCAAUGUUGAUUUCAAAGAUCGUAGUUAUGUUCGUUUAAACAUGGUACUGUUCAAGUACGAUUUUUCAUACGAUACUAUUACAAAUUGAAAUGUUAGCUGUAUAAAGAUUUCUCACAUUUGUGGAACCGGUGUAAUAAUCUUUCGUUACUUUCGAUAUUUUAGACUGAAACAAGCAUACGUGGUGUGGAUUCUAUAGUAUAUACUGGCAGAAAGUAUAUUUUUCAUAAAAACAGGACUGUUAGACCAUGGUUUGUAGAGCUGGUCAAACAUGUCUGAUUCAGUUCGAUCUGUUAUUUGGAUCUCAAGACAAGACUUUGACUCCUGACAGAUAUCCCCUACGCGAGUCCACUCGUGGUAAAGAUCUUUAUGAUUAUAUCAAAGAACAUUGUCACAUACAAGCAGACAGGUUUAAAUUGUUUCUAUCAUCAGCUGGAAGACUGAUUGAUUUAUCUGGUAUGAAAGAUAAAACUAUGUUAGAAGUUGGCGUGGAUUUUUCCUUUGAUCGAGAUUCAACGGAACACAAGCACACGCUCUUAGUCACGGAUCCUAAAGUUACUUGCAAAGCAAUCAUUAUCAAGCAGAGGAUGAUGCGCUCUUUGUCUACGUGUAAUUCAGUGCAAACAUCCGCAAAUCUUUCAUCGAUAUGCGAAGAGGAUAAAAAUGUUGAUGUUAAAAGUAUUUUUAAAUCUGAAACAUGUUACGUGGGUUUAGUAAAUCAGGCAAUGACAUGUUACUUAAAUAGUUUACUUCAAGCACUAUAUAUGACACCUGAAUUUCGAAAUGCAUUGUACAACUGGGAAUAUGUAAAUGGAUCGGAAACAGAUGAAGCUAAUAGUAUUCCAUAUCAAUUGCAAAAGUUAUUCUUAAAUUUGCAGACGUCAACAAAAUCAGCUGUGGAGACUACAGCAUUAACAAAAAGUUUUGGUUGGGAUUCUACGGAAGCUUGGCAGCAACAUGAUAUUCAAGAACUUUGUAGAGUUAUGUUCGAUGCGUUAGAACAGAAAUUUAAAAAUACAGAGCAAGCUGAUUUAAUCAAUAGGCUUUACGAAGGAAUGAUGACCGAUUACGUUAAAUGUCUCGAGUGCGAGACUGAGAAAUCUAGAGAGGACGCUUUCCUUGAUAUCCCAUUACCGGUUAGACCAUUUGGUAGCGAUGUGGCAUAUAACAGCGUGGAAGAAGCCUUAAGAGCAUUUGUUCAAUACGAAACUUUGGACGGAAGUAAUCAGUAUUAUUGUGAAAAAUGUAAUAAAAAAUGCAAUGCGCAUAAAGGAUUAAAAUUCACAAAGUUUCCAUAUCUUUUAACACUUCAUCUUAAACGAUUUGAUUUCGACUUUAAAACUUUCCACAGAGUUAAACUUAAUGAUAAGGUUACUUUUCCGGAUAUAUUAAAUUUAAAUCCGUUCAUAUCAUCCACGAGAAAUCAAGAAUCUCCGAGUAGCGAUGAAAAUAUUGAUUUAGUGAAAUGUGAGGAUGGCUCAACAACAGAUAACGGUACUUUAGACGAUGAUUAUACUCCCUGUGAAAACAGUCUUCCCAAUAGUAAUCAUUCGAGGAAUCAUGAUCAUGAUGACGAUGAUGAAGAUAUAUAUAUAAGUAAUUGUCCGUCAACGUCAAAUUGCACUGUGCAUAAUCAUGAAAACGAGAAAAAUCAUAGUAGUAACGAGGCAAAGGGUCCUUAUAAUUAUGAACUGUUUUCGAUUAUGAUUCACAGUGGUAGUGCCAGUGGUGGUCAUUACUACGCUUAUAUAAAAGACUUCAGGACACAGGAAUGGCUGUCUUUUAAUGAUCAAAGUGUAACUCAGAUAACUCACGAUGAUAUACAAAAAACGUAUGGUGGUGGCCCAACAAGGCCAUACUACAGUGGAGCAUAUAGUAGCACCAAUGCGUACAUGCUCAUGUAUAGACAAAUUGAUCCUGCUCGUAAUGCUUUACCUAUGCAAGUGCCGGAUUUUCCUAAACAUAUACAGGAACUAUUGACAAAGAUGAAAGAGAACGAGGAUAACGAUAGAAAGAGUCGUGAGAAAGAACCGUUUCAAUUACCGAAAGAUAUGUUCAUAUGCUCUAAUAAAGAACCGCUGUUUGCGAAAGAAGUACUUUAUGGUUUUGAAACAAUGCGAGUGCCUAUAGAAUUUCACUCACGCUCGUCUAAAUUUACCGUAAAAAUAUACUCUAAGAAACAGCGUAGUAUGGACAGUAAGAUGGAGUCCCAUAAAAUUUCCUUUUACAACAAUGCAAGGUUGGCGGAUGCCACGGAACAGUGUUAUCGAUACUUCCAUUUAAAGGGGGUAGUUAGAUUAAACCGGUGUCGUUUAGUUCACUACGAUGCCAUCAAAGAUAAAAUACUGCGUAGUUUCGAAGGUAGAGAAGUUGAAAAAUUUCAUAGUCUCUCGAAAGGUGGGAGGUAUACCUUCUUAUUCGAAAUACGGGAGGAGGACGAAGAGUUUCAACAAUAUCAAGAAACUGGUUUUACUACAAAAGUAUACAUAGUCGAUGUAAAUAGAAAAUCGCUCAUAGAAGGUCCGAUAGAUGUACCGGGAUUGCAUUCGCAAACCGUGAAAGAAUACAAACAAGUGGUAGGGAAAAUGGUCAAUAUGGAUCUUAGCGAUAUGAAAUUAGUGUUACAACAUGACUAUAUAGACACGCAUUUUGAACCGGAGGACGAAGUUGAGCUUGGGCCCGCAGGAUUCGUUCCUUUGAUCAACGUAUAUAUAUCGAAUGUACCCGUUGACGAACUUCAAGCUUUCCAUUUCUCGGCGUUAUACGAAAUAAUAGAGAAUCACAAAAAUAUUAUAACGCUGCGCGUGGAAUUACCUGAAACAAGUAAAGAAAUUUUUGAAGAGUUGAACAUACCGAGGUUAGAUGAGAGAUGUAAGGAUAAAGAUAAACCAAUUGCCGAUAGUCCAUCCAAAGUGAACGUUAACGAUACGAAUUGCGAAGUUGGUCCCAAAUGCAACGACGUCCCAAAAAGCGAAAAGAGUAACGAGGAUACGCCUGUAAGAAACGCGAGCCCACAAUUAGGAGAGAGCGAGGAAUGGAAUACUCCCGAACAAAGUAAUAGCGAAGAUAGCAGUCUUAGCGACAGCGAUAAAACUUUGGUCGGAGAUGCUCCUGAAGAUGAUGAUUUACAAGUACCGUAUCUUCCAUUAAAAAUGAACAAUCGUGACAUUGACAUGCUCAAUCAGAUUAGACUCGAGAACUGGAUCAACGUUGACGAGGAUAAGGAAUAUUAUUUCAAUGCUACACCUUGUACGGACGCCGAUCAAAAAUAUUUGAAAGUAACAUUUGACAAAAGAAUGAUGAUGAGCACAUUCAAGAAAUGUUUGGAGCCAUACGUUGGCGUGCCAGCGGAAUAUUUUAAACUUUUCUACUAUGCUAACGAACAUUAUGGACGCGAAUGGCGUGGCUUGAAAAAGACUCUUCUAUGUUGCGAGAAUGAACAGAAGUUUUGUAUAAAGCUCGGACCUUCUUUGCACAACGACGAUUUUACAGUAAUGGUGUAUCAGUUUCUUAUCAAGUGGCGUGUGCUUUACAAAUUUUUGGGCGACUGGACCUUGACGAAGGAUAUGACUGUCGGGCAGGCGAAAAGGGAAAUCCUGUCGGAUAUUAAGAAAAAACACGACAUAGAUAUACCGUAUGAUAGAUGUCGAUUAAGAGAAAAGCGUUUAUCGUUAGCGUCCACGGUAUAUUUAGACGAUGAGAAACUCGAGAAAUACCGAUUUCAUUCGCAAUCGGAAAUAAUCCUACAAGAGUUACCUGAUAAAGAGCCAGUUACCAAUAGCGAUCAAGUUGUGCUAUUCGUCAGAAGAUGGUCCCCUGCAAACGCGCAACUUGGACCGCUAGAGGAAAUUGUUAUGGAUGGAAAUUCUCUAAACGAAAUGAAGAAAAAAUUAUCUACGAUAUCAGAUAUUCCUGAGGAAUACAUAGAGGUAGCAAGGACGAAAAGCUAUUUUCCAAGUAACGUGUCUAUCGGUCGAAUUGAAAAUGAACAAGGGUGGAUCGGAAACGUUCUAGAUAGCGAAUUCGAUUCCAAUGAUGGUUCGAUGUUUUUAUAUAGGGAUAACAGAGAAGAACGAGGAAAUUUGAACACGGACUCGUUAAAUGACGACUCGAAUUAUGUACUAAAUCGUGUAUUGCGUAAUUCGCGUCGCACGCGAAAAGAGAAGGCGCUCAGAAUACAUCUGAGCACCGAAUGAUCGUCCAUUGAACAUACAACUUCUAAGAAACAACUGUUAAGUAGACAUGUGUGGGAACAUGAAACGGUUGCGUACAAAACAAUUACACCGUGUCAGGUAUGUGUAAAGUCAAGUAUUCACCAAUCGCCAAAUACUCUGUGCUUCAGUAAAUCUUUAACAUUUGAAAGUUUUCGCGCGUCUAAAGUCAUUUGGCUUUUCGAGUCGAACGGAUUCGUGAAAUUCAUUGGUUUUGUGAAACAUUACGCGUUACCGAGAGACUUCAGAACGCGAUUGACGUGUCUCGUCGCGAAAUUCUUUGAAACCGUUAGGAUCGUAAAACUCCCGAUAACCUACGAAUUGCUGAGUUAUUUUUCCAUCUAUCGAAUUCUAUUUAAGAGGACAAAUGCUAACGGGGGUAACGAAUGCGCUGAUAAACGGUAAACAAAGAGAAUACGGGACAGGAACAUUGAAUUGUUUGGUGAUAAUCCGAAUUUAAACUAUGAACUUCUAACGAUUUACGUGUGUGUAACUGAUAACAUUUGGAGUUCCUGCGUCUACAUUUUCACAAAUGUCCUUGGUAGCUUUCGUAACCCUAGGAACUUUGAUGCCUCCGCACAUCCGUAUCGAAACAUUUCAGACAACUGUCUUGUUUGAAAAGUUAGAUGUUUCUAAUGUCCGAACGCAGCACAGAGUAUAACUAUUUGUUGAAGGACAUUUAUCUGACACAACAAUAGUUAACCCUUUUAAUGCCAGUAUAGGUUAAAUUGCAGUCUUACAACAUAAUUCUCAAUCAUAAGCUUCAAAUUUAUUUAAUCUGACAGUAGUAGCACUUGUAAUUAGAUGUGUUAUAAAUUUCGACACUUUUUUUUUUUUUUAUUUCGAAUAUGGUACAUUGCUCUCUUUACCGUUUCAAACAUAUUAAUUAAACACUCCAUAUUGAAUUGUUUACCGAUAACUAAGAAUAUCUGCAUGGAUAGUAAGGUUGCAAAAAUAUAACAUGUGUUUGCUUAAAGUCUGACUUAGCGCCACUACUAUCAAAUUAAAUAGAGAUUCUUCCAUAUGGUCUGUUAAGAUCCAUUCUGGCCAGGCAUGUAUCCUGCAGUCUGUUUUAAUUUAUUUAAUUAUAUAUGUUUAUCAUUCAUUAUGUUGUCGGUACAAAAGAAUCUGUACCGCUUGGAAAACCAAAAAGUACAUUUAGCCACGGCAUUGUUGUUUCCUACAAAUCGAAUAUUCAAUACUACGAAAAAAGAUUCUCCAAGGAAGUCCACCAAAUUUACAUUUGUAUGAUAGAUCGAUUGCUUGUAAAUAAUAAAACUUGUGAAUUGAAUGCCAAUAUUUUUCUUUGUAUCAAUAUCACCAUACUUCUUAAACAGAAUAUAAAGCUAUGUUUUGUAUGUUAUAUUGUACAAUAAUGCACUUGAUACAUGUAGGAUACCAUCCUUUUGCAUUUAUCAACAGUUUAGCUUGGCACUUUUUGCUAAUUCCACUGUUAGAAAUUUUGGUGCUGAAAGGGUUAAAAUACGAAAUUGUUGUUAAUCCUUGUCAUUAUUAGAACGUUUUGAUAAAAGCUCUCUAUAAAUUGUUUAUUAUUUCGCAGCAAUCGUUUCACGUUCGGAACGAUUGCUUUGGGUUAUAGUCAACAAUGGAUAGAAAUGUAAAAAAUUCAUUGAAGUAAAAGAAAUUUAUGAGAUAUGUAUUACCUUUAAAAACAAUAUCAGUUGUUGUAUGGCGAUUUACAUUGUUCUCACAAUUUUUAUUAUAGCUGUAAUUUAUAUUUAUUGUAUAUUUGUUAUAUGAAUGCCUAGUUCGGAUUGUUCAUGAUCGAUCAACAAUCUAUUAAAGUCAUGACAAUCUAAAUGUUUAUAUUCAAACAAAAAAUAAAACGAGUCACACCUUUGGUACAGUGAAUCUCU